AUGAUUGACGAGAUCAAUGGUCUGGUUGAAGGGAGUAUGUGCGUGGUUGAGGGUUGAAGCUGGUUUGAGUUGACCAGCUUGAAGAUAGAAGAGUUAUGUUGUAUGUGUAUUGUGAUGGAGUCUAGUGUUGUUAAAGAUUUGGUAAUGAUGCCGAGGGUGUGGGUGUGAUGGGAGUGGGUGUGGGUGGAUGUGGGUGCGGGUGUGGGUGUGGGUGGAUGUGGGUGCGGGUGCGGGUGUGGGUGUGUGACUGAGGGGAUAUGGCUGCCGGUUUUACUCUUGCUUUUAACUACACCCACGCCCAUGCCUAUCCAUGCCCACCCAACCCAUACUCAUACUCAUACUCACACCCACACCCACACCCACACCCACACCCACACCCACACCCACACCCCCACCCCCACCCCCCCCCACACCCCCCCCCCCCCCCCCCCCCCCCCCCC